CGCCGUGAUGUGAAACAUUUGGACGCCUGGACCACGUCACCCUCGUGUUACCGAAACGAAACCUCGUGACGAAUGCGCAGCUCUUAACUCUGCAGUCGUUCACUGCGCAGGCAAGAUGGCGGCUCCCGGGAAGCAAUAUGGACUUAUUCUUCCCAAGAAGCUGCAGCAGAAGAAAAAUGUCUGCGUGCCCAAGCAUUCAGCAUUUGCAGAUUCUGAUGAGGAGAUGUCCGUCGGAGAAACUCUACAAAGGGAAGCCCUAAAGAAGCGUGUGAUGAAGCAGACCAAGCUGGAAAUGCAGAAAGCCCUGGAGGAGGAUGCAUCUGUGUAUGAGUACGACAGUGUGUAUGAUGACCUGCAGAAGAAGAAGGAGGAGAACACUGCUAAGAUGCUAUCUGGAAAAGAUAGAAAGCCUAAGUAUAUCCAAAACAUCCUGAAAGCAGUGGAGCACAGAAAGAAGGAGCAGGACAGAAGAAUGGAGAAAAAGAUCCAGAAAGAGCGUGAAGUGGAAGGGGAAGAGUUUAAGGACAAGGAGGCUUUUGUCACAUCUGCCUAUAAGAAAAAGCUUCAAGAACAAGCUGAAGAGGAAGAGCAGGAGAAGAGGGAAGCUGCUAUAGAAGCAUCCCUGGAUGUAACUAAGCAGAGGGACCUGAGUGGCUUUUACAGACAUCUGCUGAAUCAGACUGUCGGUGAAGAGAAAGCUCCUGAAUGCAGCGUGAGAAGUGCCGAGGUGAAACAGGAGAAGCCAAGAGGAUAUUCUGAUGAACGUAAUAAUGGGAACAAUGAGGAGAACAUUGAUGCUGAUAGUGAUUUGGAGUCUAGUGAGGCUGAGGAGGAUACUUCAAACAAAUCAAGUAACGGUGACAAGAGCGAAAGAAGAACCCAUGAUAGACGUAGACCUACAAGCUCAUCGAGCGAGGAGGAAGAUGACAGACAUGAGACAAAAAGUAAGAAAAUGAGUGACAAAGACAGAAUCGAGAGAGGAAAGUCUUUUUCUGAACGGGGUUAUGACAGAGAAAAAAUGGCCGAUUUGGAGGAAAGGACAAGACACAAGGAGCGGAGCAGAGACCAAGAUUACACAGAGAAAGAACGAGAGCGCAAUAACAAAGAUGGAGAAAGAGAAAAGGAAUAUCUUAAGACAGAGGACGAUGAAUACAUUAUUAAAAAAGAUAGGCAUGGAACAAAAAACAAAGCAAGAUUUGAUGAGAGAGAGAAGAGCGAUGGAGCUGAUAAAGAGAGAGAUCGUGGAGACAGGUCGGAGAGAGAUCGUGGAGACAGGUCGGAGAGAGAUCGCGCAGGCAGGUCGGACAGGGAUCGCGCAGGCAGGUCGGACAGGGAUCGCGCAGGCAGGUCGGACAGGGAUCGCGCAGACAAGUCGGACAGGGAUCGCGCAGGCAGGUCGGACAGGGAUCGCGCAGACAAGUCGGACAGGGAUCGCGCAGACAAGUCGGACAGGGAUCGCGCAGACAGGUCGGACAGGGAUCGCGCAGACAGGUCGGACAGGGACCGUGAAGACAGGGAGAGAGCAGACAAAUCAGACAGAGAAAGAAGUAGAGCAGAGAAAGAUGAUAAAGAAAGAGACCAGAAAGGCAAAACAGACAGAGAGCUGGAGGAUACUUCAGAAAAAGCCAAAAUUCACAGUGAUGUUGAGAAAAAAGAGGAGAGCCAAUCACCCUCUGAAGUGCACCAGACGGCUGACUCCAAGCGCAAGGUGGAUGGAACCUCGAAGGAAGAGAACUCCUCAACAAACAAAUUUGCAAAACGCAGUAACGAAGAAACCGUGAUAUCAGCCAAAGACCGAUAUCUUGCAAGACAAAUGGCUCGAUCUGCAGUAAAAACAUAUGUCGAAAAAGAGGAGGACUAAAGACAUUGUUCAUUUUGGUUUUCCUGAACGCUCUGCAGACAACUUGGCAAUAUGUUUUUUUUUUUUUGGAAUUUGUAUUGAUGAGGUAUUAGGUCUAUUUAUCUUUUUGUGUUGCUUGGAACAAAUGAAUUGAUUAAUUGACAUUUGCCAAUAAACUUGUUAAAAUGGU